CUAAACUUCACCAUUUUAGUCUAUUCAGUACCGUGACUGGAAAUAUAAAAGUUCAGAUGUUGAGGGGCCAAAUGUAAAUUUCUAAAAUGUUAUCACUUCUCUUCACGUUUCUAGUUGCUACUCUUUUGCAGAUGUCAUCAGCUUCGGAAGAACAAAUGACGCCGCCGACAGCCGCCGUGAGCUCCGCCGCCACCGCAUCGGGUCCGCCUCGCAAACGCCUAUUGUUCGACCGUCGAUAUGGUUGGGUGUUGGACGAGUGGAAAGAGCCAUCGGAAGAAGCCUUGGUCGGCGGCCGUGGAAUGUUCUGCAUUGUGCCCUUGGCAAAAGAGUUGUUUCACAAGGCAUCAGAUUCGAUAAACUUUGUUGGGAGCGCAACAUUGAAUGUCCUCGGAAGGCCGGACCUGCUCUCCCCCAGAGCUAUUCAGUCUUCUCUUAGCGAUCAAAUGCAAAAAAUUGCAUUUUCAGUGAGGAAUACAAAAUCGUUUUUGACGGGACCCAAAGCCAAAAGAAGUAAUGGAACCCAAUCUCCAUAGGCAGCUUGAAUCGAAGUAACCAAUUUAGUUUCCAAUGAAGUAUUAUUACGUAGUUUAUGGAUGAUAGAAACUUUCGACCUUUGAUAUUCUUUCACAAAGUCAGUUAUGGCCUUUUGCAUUUAGAUUCAAGUUAUGUUUGGAGUAUGGAUUCACAGAAAUGUUGUGAAGGGAGGAAUGAAUAUGACAAGGCGCGGCCGAUGUCUCCUAGGGAGGCCUGAAAAUGACUUGGUUGGCCAAAAUUACACAUUAUCAGGAAAAGAGAUUAUACUUUCUUCGUGUGAUGCUGUUCUCUUUUUCUUUCUUCUCAGUUCUUCAUUUCUUUUGAGAGACAAUGACUGAUCAUUGAGGAGCGCUCGACCGGCACAUCGGAUUUAUAACCGUUGGAUUACAAUCAUUCAUACAUACCCACAUUGGUGUGUGUUAUCACUUAAUUCAGAAUAAAACGUGUAUGGAAAAUUGGAAAAAUAGUGAAAUGCAG